AGUAUAAAGCACUGAAACAUCUAGAGUUUCUGGAUUAAACUAUAGUAAAAUCAGUCCAAUAUUCGAGCGUUGUAUUGCAGUCAAUGUAUAAAGGUUCAAAAGCCCACUCAAAGCAAGUGCAAGUUUCAUACAAAACUCUGCCCUGCUAUUCUUACGACAAAUGAGAGAAACUUGGAGAAUAUGACUGUGAAAACGCAAACAGUUUCACAUAUUGUUGAUUAUUUUUUAUGGGCUAAUCAGUCGUCCUGUCAAAUUUCUCAUUAUUUCGGAGGAUUAAUGGUUUCUUCUGCAGCUGGCAUCGUAUCUAUGGACGGACAGAAAGCGAUUUGUCUUGACCCAAUAGUAGCUCCAAGACCAGACCGAUGUAUUGUUUACUCGUUUGGAAUCAACUAUGAAUGGAGUUUCGACGAUGCCAUGGAUCUUUAUGGAUGCAAAGUUUUCUCAUUUGAUCCAUCAAUGAACGUUUCAAACCACGGUCGAAGUGAGAACAUAGUUUUUUAUCAAAUGGCCCUAAACAACGCAGACAAAAAUGAAUGGAAGAAAAACAUUGGAAUACCAUCGCGGACUCUUUUUUCAAUAUACAACAUGCUGGAGCCUAUACAUGGGGCAAAUGUUUUUAUCGACUACCUAAAGAUUGACAUUGAAUCAGCAGAAUGGAUCGUUUUGCCACAAAUUUUGGAAUCAGGGAUGAUGGACAAGGUAAGGCAGUUGUCGGUCGAAAUACACAUGGACUUUAAUGAAGCCCUUAAAGUAUGUUGCGAACAAGCUAACAUUAUACAUUCACUUGAAGAUUAUGGGAUGAUCCGCUUUGAUUCGAAACCCAAUGUAUACUCUGUAAUCAAUGUUCCACAGAGAAAAUCUUUGGGCUUUGAAACUUAUGAAAUAGCAUGGUAUAACAACAGGGUUUUACACCUUAAUUCUUGAAGCGAUGAGCUGAUAUUUGACAAAUACAAAGGAAGACUCAAAGCAA